AUGGUGACGGAAUGCAGUUUCGUCCGUGCCGCCGCCCUCGACGGGCUUGCGGCGAACCUAGCCACUCUUCUCGAGUGGAGCCGGCUGCAUCACAACGACGGCAUCGGUUUCUUCCUCAUUACAAAUGGCGCUGUCUACAUCGACAACAUUGCGCCCACUGUUUGCUGCACCCAACACGAUGCGGUGCGCUGCGCGCGCUACGAGCUGAAGCUGCUCAAGACGCGUGACUUUGCCAACUUGCUCGAGUUCGUCGCCGAUGACAGUCAGUCACCCACCGCCGAUGAUUUUGCGCAGGUCGGAACUGUCCACAAGACGGUCUCUGAGAGACAGGCUGCGGUUGUGGCCGAGAUCGUCGUCUCCCAACGCGUCAUCAAGCGAAUCGACAACCUUGUCACCGAGGCGCUUCUCAAGGCCUUCUUUUCCGACGACGCACUGCGGGCCAUCUACCGCGAAAAGGCCGACAGGAUCAGUGGCGCUGGUGGCACUUCCGUUGCCCUUUUGGCUGCAAUCCGCUCCACCAUUGCUGGAGUUCGGCCGAAGCUCCAGAAGAUCGUCCUCGAGACUGUCGGCGUCAAGCCUUUUCUAGCUGCUGGUUUUGGCACUCAGAGUGGACGGGUCCACUCCGACUUUCGGCGGCGUUACCUCCGCCUCACCCGGGCCAACGAUUGGCUCGAGGACGAGCGGCUCAAUCCCACACAGCUUACUGCGCUCCUCCACAAGUUCCUCUCCGAGCUGACCAGUGCGUCUUUCCGAUCCGACGUCGACGCCGCGCUGAACGCCAUCGUCUGCGCGAUGCGCAGCGCCGUCAUCACGGACAUGGGUGAGGCCGAGGUUCUUGAGGGGGUCGGCAACGCCAAUGAGGACGCCGACACCGCUGAUUCCGAGUGCCGGUCCCUGCUCAGCGCCAUCGUCGAGGAUGUGCGAGGGCGGAGGCUGCGGCAGUGGGCGAAGCGCUUCCGCGCGCCGCCGUCGUCGGGCGACGAGUCGUCCGAAGACGACGACUUUAAGCUCCAGCUCAGCUUGUGCCGGUCUCGGGCUGACCGGCGUGAGAUGCGCUUCUGGCGCCGCUGGGAGCGCGACGGGCGCCCCGAGAUCAUUCAUCCACCGCCGCCCACGCCCGAGCAGAUCGCAGCGGGCCUCAUCGAGGAGCUGGUGUGCACGCUCGAGUACGAGGCGCGCAAGGCCGAAGUCAUCGCCGACGGCGCCACGCUGUACAACAAGAACUGCUUCCGCAUCGACGCGCAGUCGCGGCGGCAUGACGACGACGACGCUGCCUUCGUGGCGUACCCGGACGGCUCGCGGAGCUGGGUACAUCGGCCCUUCCGGACGACGUACGACCCGAACGGCGGCAACGCGCCGGCGGACCUGCUCGGCGAGAAGGAUCCGCGCCUCCUCGUCAUGCCAUGGGCGACCGACUACUGCUUCCGCGAGCCGGACGUCGUGGAGGGCGCGACUGCCGAGGAGGUCGCGCAGGAGCACCUCGAGUUCCGCCGCUGCUGCACACACGACUGGUGCUUCGAGGUCGGCGUGCCGUGCACCGUCGACGAUCCGGAGCGCGUCCUGGUCGCCGUACUCAGCGUGCAUGAGACGUGGCACAUCUCGCAGCUCGUCGAGUGCUGGCGGGAGACCCGGCACGUCUUCGGCAUCGACGCCUUUCCGCGCAGCACCGACAUCCGACCGAGCGACGCCGCCGCCUCGAGCGCAGCACCGCCGCCGCCGCCGCGCCAGCCGCGCGAGCUUGUGCUGCCCUUUUGGCGAGUGCCCGUUGGCGGCUUCCCUGACAACUGCAUCCCCCAACCGUACGACGAGUAUCUCGAGUUCAAGCAGAUCGUCGAGCCGAUCGUGCAGCGCACAGGGCGGGAUUACUUUGCCGUUUGGAACGAGCAGUACAAAGAGCAUCAGGCGCAGUCGCCGUGCCUCCGCUCUAGCCGCGACGUGCGGCUUGGGCUCGAGCAGCAGCGGCUGGCGUGCGGCCAGCACCAUCUCCGCCCCCUGCAGCCGGUGUGCGUGCGCGUGAGGCCGCGGCGAGACUCGCCAGCCACAGAGGCUAUCGCACGCGAAAAGGGCGUCUUUGCGCCUCAUCUGCCGAAUAGCGAGGCGGCCUUCAAAGCGGGGCUCUCGGCCAAGGCGCAGAAGUGGGAGCAGCGCUACGUGUGCAUCUGCGGCGCCUCGUACGAGGAGAUGCUGCUCGUCGCGCGCAGCGACGACAUCGCCCGGCAGUCGCGUGAGGUGUAUCACGAGAUCCGCAGACAGUGGAUGAUCGAGGAGGAGCGCAAGGAGCAAGAGCGAGAGGAGGCGAUUCAGCGAAAGCGCCAGAGAGUAGCAGAGCCGCCGCCAGCUGAGCACCCACUCGGACUGCCUUCUGGAUUUGACAACGGCGUAGUGCCAGACGCUGUUUAG